CCCUACUCCACCGGUAGCUGCUCUGUGCAAAACAAUCAAUCUGUGUAGAAAAGCCUUCUUAUGGGAAGUGCUCAGAGCAGCUCAAACCCCGCUCCCCGCCCCCUAGAAAACCUUGACAGUUUGGAAAACCAAACAAACAAGCCACUUCCCUAUUUCCCAGUCCCAGCCUUUACUGCCUGGGCGGGGAGAAGGGAAAAUCCACCUUAAAGGCACUCAGCCCAGCUAUUCCAAGGCCUUCCUUUCCCCGGGGUUGAUUGGCCGUCCGGCCAGUCACUCGAGAUCCCAAAUGGGCUGCUAGGAAAAGUUGGCUCCAGACCCCAGUUGCCCUGGGCGCCGGGCUGCAGAGUGGGGAGCUCCCGGCGAGGCCUGACGGCAUGAGAGAUGGGCUGCCAGAGCUCCCACCCGUCCGCCAUCCCCGAGCUGGACGAGAUCAUGCUGGAAACAGGCUUUUCGCAGGCCAACGUCGUCCGCCUCUACGACCGGUUUCAGGCCCUGGACAAGGAGCAGAAGGGCUACCUGAGCAAAUACGAUCUGCAAGGGAUCGGGGAGCUGGCGGUGAACCCCCUGGGGGACCGGAUCAUCAAUGCCUUCUUCAAGGAGGGGGAAGAGCUCACCGAUUUCCGAUCCUUCAUCCGGGUCCUGGCCCACUUCCGGCCCCUGGAGAAAGGAAAGUCCAAUGAGACUGGUCGCCCGGAGCCGACUCCGAACAGCCGACUCCGAAAGCUGCAGUUUGCUUUUCAGCUCUAUGACCAGGACAGUGACGGGAAGAUCUCCCGGGACGAGAUGCUGCAGGUGCUGCGGCUGAUGGUCGGCAUCCAGGUGACGGACGAGCAGCUGGCGUGCAUCGCCGAGCGCACCAUCCAGGAGGCCGAUCAGGACGGUGACGGCGCCAUCUCCUUCGAGGAGUUUGCCACGUCAGUGGAGAAGCUGAACAUCGAGCAGAGGAUGAGCCUCCGGCUGCUGAAGUGACCCGUCAGGAUCGGAGAGAGCUCCCCCCUCCCCACCCCAGCACUGGGAAGAUCCACUCUCAGAGGGGCUGCGGCCAAUCAGGUUUCAACUCCGUCCUCUCAUCAUCGAAUGGAUCCCACCAGGGAGGGGCUGUAUCCAAUCACACUUCAGCUCCACCUUCCUGCCUCCGCAUAGUUCCAGACAGAGAAGAGCUGCUUCCAAUCAGAUUUCAUCUCUGCCCCCUCACCUCAGAAUGGAUCCAGUCUGACCGGAGCUGCAUCCAAUCAGAUUUUACCUCUCCCCUUGUCUUGGGAUGGAUCCAGGCAGAGGAAGGCUGCAUCCAAUCAGAUUUCAUCUCGGCCCCUUCACCGCAGAAUGGAUCCAGUCUGACAGAGGCUGCGUCCAAUCAGAUUUUACCUAUCUUUUAGUCUUGGGAUGGAUCCAGGCAGAGGAAGGCUGCAUCCAAUCAGAUUGCAUUGCUGACAAAGAGUGGAUCCUACUAUGAGGCCGGCCUAUGAUAGCUGUCGCUCCUUCCAAAUAACAAGUGCCUGCACCCAGGGGAACGGGAUCCAAGCUAACUCCCCAGCGCUACCCCUGAUAACCGGGGACUCUGAUGCCCCCUCAUGGCAGGGGAUAGUAGAGCCCCUGGUCGGGUUACUGCAGAUCAGAGACUUACAACCUACAAAAAGCACCUCCCAUUCUUGUGCUUUAAGCCCUCUUUGCAGUCCCUCUAUUCUGGGCCCUACCCAGCUCUCAGUGUCCAUUAGAGCAGCCCUGAGGCUGCUCUGACUUGCGCACUACCCCCUAGAGGCCCUGGGGAGCAGAGAAUACCGCCAGCCAUGCCCCCAAUUGACCCCCUGUGCCGGGAGCUGGAAGCAGGGCCAUUAUGCACAGCAGCCGGGGAGACUCUCACUGAGCAAGGCGGGGGAAGCUUCUCAGGGGGACGCUGCCGUCCCAGAGGGCUCAGUGUUCCUGAAACUUGGGCCCAGAAUCUCUCGCCAUCGGGGCUGGAUUCGCUCAGUUUCAACUCUGUCUGUUUGUAAAAAAAUAAAAUA